GUUAUGUUGUUGUUGUUGUUAGUGUUGAGAGUAGUGAAGACUAGCGAAGCACGUGCGUUGCGUAUAUGUACAGAGAUUCAAGUUUAACAGUGGUAGCAGAGGAAAAAAAGUUCUAAGGAGCGUUAUAUCAGUGUUUUUUGUGCCAUUUUGCCUGAUUUUUGUGUCGUUUGUACUGGACUAUAUUUACUUCCUUCCCUAUUUUACGUUACGGAGCCGGUCAGGCCCUAGGCCUAAAUCACGCACCGUCAGCUAUCAUGACCGCCAUGAAAUUAAAUCCACCUGUGUUCAACAGCAGUGAAAAAACGUUUGAGCGAUGGGAAGUGGAAGUUCAAAUGUGGAGUGAAAUAACGGAUCUGGAGAAAAAGAAAAUGGGUAUUGCUGUUGCUCUUUCUCUUCCUGAAAAUGAGUCAGUACGGGCGCAGGUGAUGGAAAGUGUUCCACUCGAUGAUUUGAAAAAGGAAGAUGGCUUAAGCACUUUGCUCAACUUCAUGGAAAAAACGCUCGGUAAAGAUGAUAUGGAGGAUAGCCUAGAAAAGUAUGAGGAGUUUAAAAAUUGUACCAGAGUUGCUGACCAGAAGAUAAGUGACUUUAUUCUUGAUUUUGAACAGAAAUAUAACCGUAUCCUAAAAAAGGGGAUUAAGUUACCGCAAGAAAUUCUUUGUUUUGAGCUUCUAAGUAGUGCAAAUAUAAGUAAGCCUGAAAAAUUGUUGAUUUUGUCUGGGAUAAAUUUUGACAAAAAGGACAACUUGUUUGAGCAGGCUAAGAAAUCUUUAAAGAAAUUUAAGGGAGAUUUGGCUUCUGUCUUUGUUGCUGCUCCAGAAAAUGUUUUGGCAAUGGGAAACUUUCAAACAUUCAGGGGGCGGCCUUGGUCAAGGGGUCGAGGCUCAAUGAUGUUCCCCAGUGACAAAAGUCGCAAGAUGGCUCGGAUUCCAGUGAGUACAGGUGGUGCUUCUGUAAGGCCAAUCAAUCAAAAGGGCCCUGAUGGUUCACUUUUAACCUGCCAUGCUUGUGGUUCUUACCGACAUCUAGUUGCAUCUUGCCCUUAUUCUUAUGAAAAUGCAAAGAUGGCCCAACAAGUUCUUUCAGACCCUGCAGAGAAAGUUGUCUUAUUUACUGGUUACAACAAAGAUGCAGUGCAAGUUCUUGGUGAAGAAGCAAUAAAUUGUGCUGUACUUGACACAGCUUGUACUUCUACCGUUUGUGGGCAAAAAUGGUUUCAAUGUUACCUAAGCACUUUACCAGAUGGUGAGCUGAUGAAAAUACAGCAGACCAAGGGUCAAAAGGUAUUCAAAUUUGGUGGUGGAGAAGUUCUACAGUCUCUCUUGUUUUGUGAAUUACCUUGUAAUAUUGCUGGCAAAGAUGUUGUCAUUGAAGUGGAUGUUGUUAUGUCUGCCAUCCCUCUUUUGUUGAGUCUAAAAUCUCUCAAAAAGGCCAAUGCAAAAUUGAACAUCGAAAAAGAUACAGCCGAGUUUUUUGGGACCGAAGUACCAUUAAACUUUACUUCAAGUGGUCAUUAUUGCAUUCCUAUUGGAAAAACUGAUGAGAUAAGGGUACAGGAAGUUUGCAAUGUGGUUCUGAGUGAUGUGAUGCCAGAAGAAAGAAAGAAAAUUUUGCAGAAGCUGCACAAACAAUUUGCCCAUUCAUCUAUGCCCAGACUAAAAGCAUUAAUGGCUGAUGCUGGAGUGUGGAAAGAUCAAUACAAUGAAGAACUUUGCGAGAUUUAUGAUGGCUGUCAGACAUGCAAGAUGUAUAAAAAGACACCAGCAAGACCAGUGGUCAGUAUGCCAAUGGCAAGUAGAUUCAAUGAAAAAAUAGCCAUUGAUCUGAAGAGCUGGAAAGGAAAGUAUAUCCUUCACAUGAUAGAUAUGUUCACAAGACUGAGUGUGUCAGUUUUUAUUAACAGCAAAUCCCCACCUGUUGUUGUUGAGAAAAUCAUCCAGCAUUGGAUUGGAGCAGGAUGGGGUGUCAUGGAAGGAAUUUUUUUUGAUAAUGGUGGAGAAUUCAAUAAUUCUGAAAUGCGUGAGGUGGCUAGUAUUCUCAAUAUCCAGCUUUCCUCUACUCCUGCUGAAAGCCCAUGGAGCAAUGGUCUAUGCGAAAGAAAUCACCAAAUUACUGAUCGAAUGCUGGAAAUCUUAACAGAAGAGAAUCCCAAGACAGAUGAAAAUACUCUCCUGGCAUGGGCAAAUGUUGCAAAAAAUUCACUGCAGAUGUGGAAUGGUUUUAGCAGUUAUCAGCUUGUCCUUGGAAAAAACCCAAACUUGCCAAACAUUAUGUCAGAGAAACUUCCAGCACUACAAGGCACCACUUCAAGUGAAAUUCUGAAAACGCAUUUGGAUGCCCUAUUUUCAGCAAGGAAAGCGUUCAUUCAAUGUGAAGCUAAUGAACGCAUACGGAGAGCACUUAGACAUCCUAUCAGAGCCACUGAUGAUGUAUUUAAUCCUGGUGACAGGGUGUUUUACAAGCGUGAUGGAAGUCAUAAAUGGCUUGGUCCAGGAAAAGUCCUUUAUCAAGAUGGAAAAGUUGUUUUUGUACGCCAUGCUGGUGUAUAUGUUCGUGUGUCAACAAACAGACUAAUCAAGGAUGUAGACUUGAAAAAUGAUGAUGUGGUUGUUGAUCAAAGGGACACAAAUCCAAAUAUGUCAGUUCCCUUGCAAAGAGAUAAUAGCUCUUGUGCUACAAUAUCAACGCCACAGCUAUGUGAAAACCUGGGUGCAUUAAGGGUUGGUCAGGAACAAGACCCUGAUACCCAGCACCAUGCACAUGAUAUGGAAGAGCAACCACAAUUUGCAUACCAACAAAAGAUCUCAUUAAGAAAAAAUGACCAGAUCGAAUACAAGAUAAAUGAAAACGAUCCAUGGAUUACAGGGACAGUUUUAGGGAGAGCAGGCAAAGCAAGUACCUCAACUAAAUACUGGUUCAAUGUAGAGGACAAAGACACAGGCGAAAAGAAAAGUCUUAACUUUGAACAACUGAGUGAUUGGAAAAAGGUAAAUGAAGAAAUUGACUUAGUGACUGUCUCUGAUACCAAAUCUACUUUAAGUGAUGUUUUGCAAGCAAAACAUGUUGAGCUAAGGAAAUUAAAAGAUUUUGAUGUUUACGAUGAAGUUGAGGAUGUUGGUCAGCCCUGCAUAUCCACUAAGUGGGUCAUAACUCAUAAAGAUGGUGGGAUGAAAGCCCGUUUAGUUGCCAGAGGUUUUGAAGAGACUCAAUAUAUUGAAAGUAAUUCUCCAACAGUUGCAAAAACAACCAUGCGAAUACUUCUGGCAACUGCUACUAGCAAUGGUUGGACAGUAAAAUCUAGUGACAUCACAUCUGCCUUUCUUCAAGGAAAGCAAAUUCAAAGAGAUGUGUUCAUCAAACCUCCUCCAGAAGCUGCGCAGAGUAAUGGGGCACUGUGGAAACUUAAAAAGACCCUUUAUGGGCUAGCGGAUGCUGCGAGACAAUUCUUUGACAGUGUAAAAGAGGAGUUAAUCAAUCUUGGGAUGAAACAAUCCAAAGUUGAUUCAUCACUGUUUUACAUGACAUCAAAUACACAAGUUACUGGUGCUCUGAUUAUGCACAUUGAUGAUUUUUUGCAUUGUGGUAAUGAAGUUUUUGAAGAGAAAGUUUUGAAACCACUUGCAGAGAGAUUUACAGUUGGGCGACGUGCAAAGGACAAUUUUACAUACAUUGGUUUUGACAUCAAGCAAACCCGUAAAGGUAUUACUAUCAGUCAAGGGGCAUAUGUUGAAAAUAUUCAAAGUAUUAAAAUUGAUCCAGGAAGAGCCAAGGAAAAGAAAAGCCCCUUAACAUCUGAGGAACAGAAACUGUUCCGUAGAAUUGUUGGACAGUGCAACUGGGUUGCACAAGGAACAAGACCUGAUCUUGCAUUUGAUGUUGUUGAAAUGAGUUCAAAAUUCAACAGCAGCCAAGUGUCAGAUCUUUUGAGGGCCAACAAAAGUUUAUUAAGAGUUAGGCAGCACAAUUCAAUCAUCAGAAUUCCACAUCUUGGACCUUGUAAGAAUUGGCAUAUUCUUGUCUUCUCUGAUGCAUCUCUUGCCAACAUGUGUGAUGGUGUAUCUAGUAUGGGAGGUCACAUCAUUCUGCUACUUGGAAUGAAUAAUGCAGCUGCUGCUAUAGCAUGGUCAUGUGCAAAGAUCAAAAGAGUAGUCAAAUCUACUCUUGCUGCAGAAAUGCUCAGUUUGGCUGAUGCAUUAGAUCAUGCAAUUUAUCUACAACAAGUUAUUUCAGAGCUUACUUCAUUUGAUGACAUUUCUAUUGAUGCUUUUGUUGACAAUAAAUCAGUUGUAGAAGCUGUCUACUCCACAAAAUCAGUUGAAGACAAACGUUUGCGUAUAGAUGUUGGGUCAGUUAAAGAAUUGUUAGAAAGAAAAAUCAUAAAUAGUGUUCAAUGGAUUCCAGGGGAACAGAUGUUAGCUAAUCCAUUAACAAAGCUGGGUGCAUCAUGUCUGGAUUUACUGAAAGAAACUUUACAGAAAUUUCACACCUGA